AUGGAGUUCCCUGGCCUGGGAGCCCUGGGGACCUCAGAGCCUCUGCCCCAGUUUGUGGAUCCAGCCCUGGUAUCCUCAACACCAGAGUCAGGGACCUUCUUCCCCUCUGGGCCUGAAGGCUUGGAUGCAGCAGCCUCCUCCACUGCCCCGAGCACAGCCACUGCUGCAGCUGCCGCGUUGGCCUACUACAGGGAUGCAGAGGCCUACCGACACUCCUCAGUCUUUCAGGUGUACCCACUGUUCAACUCUAUGGAGGGGAUCCCAGGGGGCUCACCAUAUGCUGGCUGGGCCUACGGCAAGACAGGGCUCUAUCCUGCCUCAACUGUGUGCCCCACCCGCGAGGACUCCCCUCCCCAGGCCCCAGAAGAUCCAGAUGGGAAAGCCAGCACCAGCUUCCUGGAGACCCUGAAGACAGAGCGGCUGAGUCCAGAUCUCUUGACCCUGGGGCCUGCACUGCCUUCGUCUCUCCCUGUCCCCAGCAAUGCUUAUGGGAGCCCCGAUUUUUCAACUACUUUCUUUUCUCCUACUGGGAGCCCCCUCAAUUCAGCAGCCUAUUCCUCCCCCAAGCUUCGUGGAACUCUGCCCUUGCCUCCCUGUGAGGCCAGGGAAUGUGUGAACUGCGGAGCAACAGCCACCCCUCUAUGGCGGAGGGACAGGACAGGCCACUACCUGUGCAAUGCCUGUGGCCUCUAUCACAAGAUGAAUGGGCAGAACAGGCCCCUCAUCCGACCUAAGAAACGCCUGAUUGUCAGCAAACGGGCAGGUACUCAGUGCACCAACUGCCAGACAACCACGACGACACUGUGGCGGAGAAAUGCCAGUGGGGACCCCGUGUGCAAUGCCUGCGGCCUCUACUACAAGCUACACCAGGUGAACCGCCCACUGACCAUGCGAAAGGAUGGAAUCCAGACUCGGAACCGCAAGGCAUCUGGAAAAGGGAAAAAGAAGAGGGGAUCAAGUCUGGGAGGCGCAGGAGCAGCCGAAGGACCAGCGGGUGGCUUCAUGGUGGUGGCUGGGGGCAGCAGUAGUGGGAAUUGUGGAGAGGCAGCCUCAGGCUUAACAUUGGGCCCUCCGGGUACUGCCCAUCUCUACCAAGGCCUGGGCCCCAUGGUACUGUCAGGGCCUGUUAGCCACCUCAUGCCUUUCCCUGGACCACUGUUGGGAUCACCCACAGGCUCCUUCCCCACGGGCUCUGUACCUCCUACCACCAGCACUACUGUGGUGGCUCCACUCAGCUCAUGA